AUGGGACAAUCUUCCAGUGCUGAAUCAUUUUCUCAUUCCUAUUCGCCACAGCAGGUCCAUACCUUGCUUAGCUAUGCCUGUCAACGUCUUAUCACUCCUGUGGAGGCGCAAACGUUGCGCAAGAAGUUGAACUCAACCACCGUAAAUGAAAAAGCGCAACUUUCACGGGCUGAUUUGGCCCAGUUAUUGCUUCUUAACGACCCACCGUCGCUGGUGGUUUACAAAUGUUUGCAAAAACUAGGAAAAUUUCCGUUUUUUGGAGAAGAAAAUGAUUCCACCAUCACGGCUGACGAAUUGAUAGUUGCUUCAAUGCUCAUUUCUGGUCGGUUCAAGAAGCUAAAAUUGAACACAGACUACGAUAAACUCAUAUUCAGGGCCUUGGCUACCUCAAAAUUGGAUGCUGUAACAGAAAAAAGCGAGCAAUUGCCAGUUUCCGUCAAGUUUGGUCGUGGCAUUGAAAACCCUGAACACCUCCAAAUGGCAAGCCGUUUUGUUGACUGGUCCAGCAUGCUGGGGUUCGAGUCUGUGGACACAGAUGGGUAUUUUAUUUCUAGGUCGGAAAUGGUGCAACUUUUGGCAUUAUUUUUGGUGAUUUAUUCUAUUCCAAAACGAAAACGGAUUUCGAUGCAAACGGAAUUGCUGCAAAAACUCGAUAAUGAUUGGCGCAGUUUUGAAGCCGCUGGAGAACAACUCACGACAUUCAUACGCUCUUCUGAAAAAAUUUCUUACCAAGAUUUUAGCCUGGCGCUAGCACUUUUGGGUCCUUUAGUUCAUUAUGGAUUUGAGUUUCUUGUGGAUGUUAUGCUUUCGGAUACGACUGAGCAUUCAGAUACGACUGAGACUAAAAAGGGACCGGACCUAGAGGUCACAAAAAGUCAUCUUAUCAACAGUUCUACAAUUGCACUUUUGGCAGCUACAUUUGCUGGCCUUGGUGGUAAGCAAGCCGGAAUCAGUCUUACUCGCCAAAACUUGGUGAAACUCUACCUAGGAUCCGAAUCUGGGUUUUCGAUCCGUUCUCUUGAACUGAAGGUUUUCAAGUGGCAUGCACCGACGAUUUUGUUGGUUUCUGGAGAGAGAUUGCGCACCACCAUUAAGAGAUACGAAACAUUUGACCUGGAAUAUCCGCGGUUUUUCAGAUCGCUGGAGAGCCCCUUGAAGCCUUGGCAACAACCAAACGACAAAAUCACCUAUGCGGUUUUGGUUCAUGAGCCUUGGAAAGUCUCUAACAAGAAAAAUUUCGGCGACACCAAUACCACAAUCAUAGCGCUCGAGCCACGAUUGGACGUUUUCAAAGGCAUUGCUUCUGAAUCCAUAUAUUUCAAUACGCUUGGUAUGGGGCUUGGAUUUGGCAAUUCUCAGCCUAUCAACAAGAACACUUUGAAGAGAUAUGCUCCAGGAAGUGUAUCACUUACUAUUGAAGCAAAUUUGGAAUUUGCCGUGUUCCGCCACAUUUCGUCUCAGGCAGGUUCUGGGAUCACCUCGUUUGCUACAGGGGUCCAGCCAGACAUUUCUGGCCAGGAUUACGAGGACCGUUUUCUCAUCACUGAUCUCGAAGUAUGGGGAGUGGGUUCCAGUAAAGAAUUGGAAGAACAGAAAAAACAGUGGGAUUGGGAGAAAAAACAAGCCGAGGCACGCCAAAGUGUCAACUUGCGCAGUAUGGGAGAAGACAGAGCGUUGCUUGAAAUGGUGGGGUUGGUGGGUAACCAUGGCUCUGGUGGGUCGGUAUGA